UUAUCGUUACUCCUCACUCAGCGUGGCACCCUUGGGCCUUGGCCAGUGCUCCCAUCGCUAAUGGAGACCCAUGCUCGAAGUCUAUCAGAUUAUGAGAGGAUCAACAACCCGGACCAUCCAUGCCAGCCCCAUGCGUCCGCGCUUGUUCCUGCAGCGUUGGGGCACAGUCGGAACCCGUGAAGAAUCAGGACUUGUGGAUCAUGUUCAUCCUUGUCCGGUAUAUUGCGAUCGUGUCAACGGCACAUGGAUUCGUCACGUCGUUGUGUUGUGAGACUGCAAACCGCUGCUGAUGACGGUCAGAUCUUCACCAACCUCACUGCCGUGACUCGGUAAUUGUAUAUUACGUAUUCAUUUCAUUUCACAAGAUCACGGGAAUGAAGACAUACGACCUCGACAACCCCACUCAAAUUUCCUUCCUCCCUCGAGCAUGAGCCAGGCAAUUUCCUGCUACUCUGUGGCACUUGUUCAGCAGCCUGCAAGCAUCUGGAUGGGGAAAUACUCGCAUUGUUGCUUCUGGGGUCGACACGACGGUGUGAGAGGCUAGCGAAACCAAAACGAACGCGAGUCUGUGUCUCCACACAGUGGUCGUUUUCAUGAUUCAUCGUCUGAAUUAAACCCCGAGAAAUAGAGUUUCAGCAAACCUUCUUUGACUUUCAGACGCUGUAUCCGCCGCACAUUUCGGUACUUAGUUCCACUGUUCUUACGUCCGUAAAACGCUCAACUCAGAGGCCGCUGAAGUCGCACUUUGUUUACGAAGCUCAGACAGAACCUUGAAAUAAUUCUGGUGAAAAGAGCGAUAGGUCUGAUGUCAUGCGCACCAACCAUGGCAGAGGGGGACUCUAAUAGAUCUGGCGGCACGUUGGGAAAAAUAGAUUGUGAAGGAAAUUGCGGGGUGUCCUGAUCGUCAAUUCAACCUGCUUCCGCUAUCAGAUCAGAUUAAUUUUGCAUGUCCAUGACACCUGGCUCCUUCAUAGACACGGAAUCUCGCAGCAGCUCCUAGUCUUGGUCACGGAUUUCCUUCCAGCAAUAUUAAUCCUCCAAGAAGCUAGCUAGAGCUCGCUUCAAGCUGUGGAUAAGAAAUAGGGAGGGGAAGGGGGUUUCGUUAAUCACAAUAGAGUUUCACCGGGCACAGUUGUUUGAAGCAUGCAUUAUCUAGCGAUCCGGAGAUAAGUGUCUCGACUCUCGAGGAGGCUGGCUGGGCACACUCAACGUCGACGAAAGUUUCUGGUGAUUUCACUGCAGCAAAGAUCAAGAACCGUGAUGCAGAUGGCUCACGGUGUAUGAAUUUGCACUUCUGUUCAACAAUUCUUUGUAUGCCAGCAGAGAGAUUCAGGGGUGCCGUGAGAGCUGACCGUUUCGAUGGGCUGGAUGCAGCAGUAUCUGGCAAUAUACUCUGCGGAAUUCUUGAAGGGGAGGGGUUACCGGAACUCCAGACAGUGCGCAAACACCCUGCAUGCACCCGCGGCAGGCUCACGCACUGCUGGGAAACUUCAGCCCAUCGCAUUAUUUAUCCGUCACAGACAGACCGAUAGCGCCAGUACUAUUGCGGCUACCAGCGCCGAUUUUUGGGAAUUCGGGACCUCAUAUAUGGCCGGGUUGAACUGCUAAAAGUUGCGACGGCGGCUAGACUGUUUGUAGACGAAUGGGGCCCUCCAACACUACAGCUCAAUGGGUUAGCAUCACAGCAUCAAUCCACCAUGAAAGUCACAGGCACUUGCAAAGCUAUGCCCAAAGAGCGCCUUGUGCCGGCUUGAUGGAGUUAGCGGCACCGAGCUGGCCUCUUACAAUUCCUACCUCCACCAACCUGGUGAACCUUCAUCAUUUCUCCUUUGCCAUCCCAGCCGAUAAUCAUGGACUUGUAAUUAGCACCGUCCACUUUCCCGACAUCCACAUUCCUUCCCCAAGAAGCUUGGUGCAGUCAGUGUCUCCACGCUGGCUCGGCUGGGUUCAAGGGACCUCAGGAUGGCCAACGCCGCCGCAUGAGAGAGGCAUGGCUUGCGAUCUCUGCAACGCCACCGAAAUUCUACCCCACAAGUUCCAUAUCCACGUUGUGUCGCGGCCGUGGGUCCUUUCUUUCGACUAUUCCACCCUCAUACAGUAUGGAAGCUGGCCAGAAGCAGGGAUGGGCAGAGUAGGACAAGGGACUGCCAGGACCCAUUACUGCCAUGCCAUGCAGCAGUCAUUCAGGCUGGGCUCCCCGUUGCCUGCCAUCUCUGUAUUCGGUAUGUGAGACGGCCUGGCAAAGACGCACUGGGGCGGCUAGUUUGGAAGCGCGGUCAUUACCGUCAAGCCCCCUCGCCCUACGUUUUUCGUUACCACGAUAGGCAUAGACCAGUUUGAGGCACUAACUAUCCGCUACGUUGACAGGGCCGGGUCUCGUCUUGGAUCCCUCGUCUAUCACCGGUAGUCAGCCUAGUCGGAUCGGAUCAUCUCACUCCUCUCGAUGAUCCUCGGGGGUUUUGCUAACAUCGCUGGCUCUUGGUAUGGCGGGUCACUUGUUGGUACCGUAAAUUUACAAGCGCUCAUCUCAAGCCUCCUCGAGCCUCGUUCUCUCAUUAUAUCUCUGGCCAAGACGCUUAACAAGAUCAAGAAAAGACCUCAUCCUUCGUCUUCCUCCUCCCCGCCGUCCCAAAACCCCAAAUACCCCCUGCUCGCUAUCCCGCAAGUUGCAUCCUGCUAAAGUAACUUUCUGCACGAGCCAGGUAUAAUACCCUUGAGAAUCCAAUUCGUUUGUGACGCUUGUAUUGUUGGCAAGCCGUUCUUUGAAAACCGGACUUGCACGAGCUGCCGUUUCCAGAAGAAUGGGUAAGGCCGAACUGGUGGUCACAGCAUGAGCCACAAGUUCAAUUCUUCCACUACCGACAGAAACUCGACCUUUCUUCCUAAUGUGUUGAAGCUCAAACUUGAACACCUAUCAGACCUUGAAACCAACUCACCUUCCUCUUGUAAAUAGAGGUACCCGGACCGACGUCUCACAAGCCAAAUUGACCAACCUCCUUCGGUACUAUUGUGCAAAUCGGGACUGACGGCACUUCGUUACGACUGCCGCCUCGGAAACGUCUUCUUGUUGGAAGUCAGCUGAAUUCAACCGGUUAUCUAAGUAAUUUCAGUCUUCCUGAAAUAGUCGACCAAAACGAUACUGUGCCGCCAACAGACGUCCUUUCGACAAGGUGCCAUCUUUUGACGUUGGAAAGCGGACCGUUAACCUGGAUACGGUCGACUAGUUCUCAAUAUGACCCAGAUAUACACCCAAACCCCCGUCCCCCCUCUACAAGAACGGCCUUCUAUCUACGAUCAAAAGUCGGACCAAUAUACGCCUAGGGAAUAUCAGAGGUCCAACACAAUCUUCUCCCACCACACGGAUCGCCAACAGGAAGGCAAUGGUUGGAAACCCUCACAAUCAUCGUCACCAAUGUCAGAAAGUCAGAAGGGACCCUUUGCGGUCUCGCCAGUGAAAACAGGAGAUAUGUACCAAUCAAGGCCAGAGACCUCCCAGAAGUCUACCAGAGAGCAACUGCCUCCACUAAGCAGUCUAUUUGCUUCAACAUCACAUCAAACUCGACCUCCUACAUCAUACUCGGAUGGACAUAGUCCAGUUUUCCCAGCUGUGUCACCAAAUGAUCCUCGGCAGCCAGCGACACCAAUACAUGCAGAUCGGCCAUUCGAUCCAUCGUACUUCCAAAGGCCUCCUGUAGCUCGACAGUACUCAUACAGCGCGAGACCAGAAGUCGAAAGACUUGGAAUUCCUCCUCCUCCGCGACCCACUCAACCUGGAGUAAGACCCGAGUCUCCUCGUUACGACACUAGAUAUCCUUCUGUUGAAAGUUCGCGGCCUUACCCACCAUCCUCCAUCACUGCUUGGUCACCUCACUCGCAAUCGAACAGGCCAGAGUACUUCUCUAGAGACACAUCGUCGUCUUUCAGACCUCACCCAGAGUUUCGCCAACCAGCUGCGGUCAACAGAUCUGAACUAGAUUCUAGAGCGCCAUAUCGAGAUGGACAACAUAGCGCACCAGUUACUCCAACCUAUCCACCAACUCCGACAAGCACAGUUACUGGCGACCCAAUUACAACAAAGGAUGGGCUGGGACCAAAAAUUUGGACAGGAACGCAGUUUCUACCUAGAUUUGUGCGGUCAGCUGAAGUACCAGGCGAAGGAAUGUGCUACUUCUACGACGAUGGAACGCAUUGCAAAACUGUCAUCGAUGGAGAAAUUGUCAAUGCACACUGGGGUGUUACCAAAGCAGGGAAACCAAGGAAGAGGUUGGCAAUCGCUUGCAUUACUUGCAGAGAAAAGAAGAUCAAAUGCGACCCAGACUACCCGCGCUGCGUUCAGUGCGAGAAGUUUGGGAGAAUAUGCAAAUUUAAGAAUGCCCCUCGAGGUGGUCAUGGAUCUCCAGACACCCCACCAUCAGACCCCGAGGAUUCAGUAUCACGACCGGCCUCAUCGCGAGCCGACUUGGAGUCAUUCAAGGUUGAGAAGCGGGAAAGUAGCCACUCAGUCUCCCCGCGACAAGUGCGACAAGCGACCCCCGACUCGGAGAUCCAUCACUCGAAGCGCCAACGAAAUGGAUACAACGACUUCACUCCUGUCGCAUCGGAAGCUUCUCCUCGCGCUUCAGUGCAAGAUCCUACUUCUCCGACAACUCCCUGGGCAGAGCCUGUCAACGGCAAUGCGAACCACUCCAACUUGCUUCAAGAAUGGCAAACAAACCCGUUCGGUACACACCCCAUGCUUGUCGCAGACCUCAUGUCGGUAUUCUUCAAGCACGUUCCCGAGACUGCUUAUUGCAUGUUUCCGGAAGGUCCAUUCAAGGCCUGGGUCUUGUCCGUAGGUGAAAAGUCUGCUGAUGACCUGAUGCUUGUUUACACCAUCCUCGCGCUUGGAACUGUUUUCUCGUUGAAGAGCGAGCACAAGGGAUUUGGUGCUCAAUUCGCUGCUGUGGCUCGAUUUGCCUGCGACAACAGUCGGUUCAGCCUUCAGCUCGUCCAGUCUCGAGUUCUCCUCGCUCUGUAUUACUUUGCUAAUAAUAAUGCGGAAGAUGCGUGGGACUUUUGCGGAGCAGCGUUGAGGGCUGCAAGCGGUCUCAAGUUGAAUUUGGAGAUGGAGAAGACGGACGAUGCCUACCGCAAGUCAUAUCCAUACGGACUGACACGCGCUGGAUUCGCUGAGUGUAGAAGGAGAACGUUCUGGAGUUGCUAUUUGAUGGACAGAUUCAAUGGCUUUUGUUCUGGCCAUCUCAGCAUUAUCCAUUCGGAUGAUGUUUUCCUACGACUUCCUUGCGAUGUGAAGAGCUUUGAAUCCCAGCUCGAUAUCCAGAACCCAUACUUCGACCCUGCCACACCGCCCAUCCAGAACAUCAACUGGACGAUCGGAUCGAUGGCGUACCUAAUUAAUAUCACCACCAUAUGGGGAGACGUAAUGGCGAAUGUUUACCGAACCUCACAACGACCGAGUCCAACAACAACUCGCAACACCUUCCCGACCUUCUACGAACAUGCCACUCGUCGACUGCGAAUCUGGAACGAUGCUCUGCCUUCCUGCUACGUCUUCUCCGCCGAAAAUCUUGCCAGAGCAUCGGGCGAGGGCAAGCUUGGCACAUUCAUGAUGAUGCAUACAGUCUACAACACCACGGCGAUGAAGCUCAACCGAUACAUCCAACAAUAUAACCUGACGAAGUCCCAACUCGUGCACCAUGUUGCUGUUGCAAAGCAAUAUGCCGAGGAGCUUCUGAGAAUGGUUGACACUCUCACAGCUUUUAGAGCAUCGGCACCUUCGAGUCCAAGGCAUGACGACGUACCAACUAAGUUCUCUUCGCCAUUUGUAGGCUAUGCGAUCGUCUCAGCCAUCGACAUCCUCACCGCCAAGAUCACCGCCAAUGCCAUUCCCAAUCGUCUUACCUCUUUCCACGGAGCUCAAACCGUUAUCGCUGAGCUAGCGCAAUUCUGGCAGAGCUCAAAGAACCAACAAGCCUCAAUUCAACAACGUAUACGAGACCUGACUGAGCUGGUGCGAAUAAAGACCGAGACUGGAGUACCAACUGCACACAUCGCAUUGUUUGCCAGAGAGACCGGCGAUGGAGUUUUUGAGUUCAGAGAGGCGAUUGAGAAGACUUUCUCGAGAGAUUAUGACUGUGUCUAUGCUUGAACGGCAUGAAAAGCUCUCGGGGCGUCACUUGUUUUAUGAUGGAAUGAUUCUACGAUACGUAUUUAACAAUAUCCAGGCGUUCACUUGGGUCGGAUGAGGCACAGCUAUUGCAUGCUUCGUGUCAUCAAGCGUUUUUUUUGUUUAAUAGAUACCUUGGGCAUGGGAAAAACAGCACUUGCACAUAGGUGACACUCCAGAUUUACAUAUUUGUAAUAUUAUUACUACCACUGUACAAAACAAUC